UACUGUUUUACACCGGUUUUCAGCCAUUUUGUGGACGCGCUUCGGUUUAGUGGGUGUUAGCAUGAGAAAAUACAACGCUCGACUGAUACACUGUUCAGUAUCACGUGUUAGUAAUUGAAAUAGUUGAAAAUUAAUUACCAAUUUCUGACUUUUUUUUUAUCUAGUCAUUUUUGAAGGCCUAAUUUUCAAUACUUGACCGAUUAAAAGUAAUGAAAACAGAAGAUAGUAACAUGACUAAUAGUGACGACAGAGACAGAAGUAGAGAACGUGAUAGAAUUCGUAGGUCUGAUCGACCAAAUCGUGUGACCUCUAACAGUCGAGACAGAAGUCGUGAUAAAAGUGAUAGAAAUCGCAAAAUAGCAGAUCGGCGUAUUUAUGUAUCGAAUAUACCAUAUGAUUUUCGUUGGCAAGAUUUAAAAGAUUUGUUCAGAACUGAAGUUGGCAAAGUAGCGCAUGUAGAACUUUUUACAGAUGAAAAUGAUAAACCCAGGGGUUGUGGCAUAGUUGAGUUCGAAGAUUCUGAGUCUGUCAAAGUUGCAGUAGAAAAAAUGCACCGAUUUGAUAUUAAAGGACGCAAACUUGUUGUUAAAGAGGAUUAUGAUGUUGAACGUGACAAAUACGGACGAUUGACAUCUGGACGAGUUAGUGAUAGAGGUCGUGAAGAACGAUUCAGAGAUCAGUCAAGAUUGAUUUCUGGUAGACAAAAUAUACAAGUUUCGAACAGUGUUGGUGUUGGCAGUGGAGCCAGUAGCGGUGGUAGUAGUGCUGGAACUGGGAAUGUUGACAAUAAAUUCGGCAAUACAUAUGGACUGAGCACUCAGUUUUUAGAAUCUCUUGGAAUAAAUGGACCACUUGUAACAAGGAUAUUUGUUGCAAAUCUUGACUAUAAAGUUGAUGAGAAAAAAUUACUGGAAGUAUUCAAAUUAGCAGGAAAAGUUUUGCAUGUUGAAUUGGGUAAAGACAAAGAUGGAAAAUCUCGUGGAUUUGGGGUAGUAGAAUAUGAUCAUCCAGUUGAGUCAGUGCAAGCCAUCUCCAUGUUACAUAAUCAGCAGCUGUAUGAUCGUCGCAUGACAGUUAGACUUGACAGAGCUAAUGAACCAGAUAUGCCCCCCAAAUUACCUGAAGGCUUGAAAAGCAUUGGAAUGGGACUUGGUGCCGGAGGAAAUAGAUUAACAGAUGUAGCUAGAAAUAUUCCAAAUGUUCAACCAUCUAAUCUGCCAGUAGCUAACUCUCUUACUACUCCAGUAAUACCUACUAGCGCAUUUGGAACUAGCCUGAGCAAUGUUGUUCCUGCACAACUAGCCACGGCUCUUUCCAACACUAAUGCUGCUGCUUUACAAGCUAGCCUGGCUAGUGGCUUAGGAGCUAAUCUAGCAACAACAUCUCUUCUUAAUACGUCUUUAUCAAAUGAACUAGCCUCCAAUUUUGGUCCAAGUGCAGCUAGCUUAGCAAACCUCCAAGCAUCUCUCGUUAAUGCACAAUCUAAUAAUAGUUUGUUAUCUAGAGGAUUACCCAAGCUUGAUACUGAACCGGCUUUCGGAGGUAAUAUAGCAUUUGGAAAUUCUACUUUCAGUAGUAGCAGAGACUUUGAUAGCAGCUUUAACAGAAAUGAUCCAGAGCGUGUCACAAUUGGUGGAACAUUCUCAACCAAUCCACCUCAGCUCAGCGUGAAUCGACAAAAUAGUAACGGAUCCCGCCAAAUUUCUGAUACAAUUCUCAUAGGAAAUCUACCACCCAAUACAACAUGGCAAAUGCUGCGAGAUAAAUGUCAAGAUAUAGGUGAAGUCAAAUAUGCUGAGAUGAGAGGCAACGAUUUGGGUUUGGUACGAUUUGCAUCUGACUGGGAUGCAGAGCGUGCUGUGUCAAUGAUGAAUCGCUCACGCAUUGAUGGUAGAACCAUUGAAGUACGUCUGUAUUAAUUUCGAUAAAAUAAUAGUUCAGCUUUAAUCACUGGUCCUGAUAUGAACAUAUUAAUAACUUUCGAUCAAGUUGUAAAUGGUGGUGGUGGUGGUUGCAAACAGUUAUUGUAUCCAUUCUACAUGGCUUGCUACAACAACCGACUUUAUUUCGUUCUGGGACCUUAUGAUGUACAUUUUGCUAUUGAUGCAUUAUAUAGUGGUCGAAUAGUUCUUUUUUUUGAUCGACUAGUUCUUCUUUAUUUCAAAAAUUGACUUGAUAUAGGUUUAUAUUGUGAAAACAGCAGAAACGUAAUAGACUUUCAUAUGAAUUAAAUCAUUGCUGAAGUAAAAUAAAGGUUGUAAUAUGAAGGAGUGACUAUUUGUAAUUUUUGAAAUUUGUAUUUGAUAUGCUAGAAAGUUGUGUUUGCAAUUCAUCUGAUUCUGUUUAAUUCUUAAUGACCAACGUUUAUUGGACUUAGUUAUUCUUAAAAUAGGUUUGGCACAGUGUAACUCGCUUAGCUUUUUAUAUGCGAAUCAAAUUAUGUAAAAUUGAGCAAUGUUUACUAGUAUUCGAUAAGUUUAUGUCAUUUAACUUACUCUACUUUCGAUCUUACCUAAUACACUUGCAUUAUUUAUUGCAAA